CCUGUCGCCUCUCGUUACCAUAGAAACAGACCCCUCCCACCACAUACCCACAAUAACCACACCUCAAGAACACCUGAAGGACCUCACAGGAACCAGAGGAGGAGGGGAACAGGACGAGGGUAUUAAUGAUGAUGAGAGUGUUGAUGAUUGGGACGACUGUGGGUUGGAGGAGAUGCUUCAAAAUGAGGAAGCGUCUAAACUGUUUGAGAGCAUAUGCUUAGAGCAAGAGACCCACCAGAUUAACAGGAGUAGUAGAGACACUGACGGUCAGUGGAUUGGAGAGGAGACUGACUGUAUGAUAAUGGAUAAUGAAGGAGGAUCAAUGUCUACUGGUGGAGAUGAUCAAUAUACUGAUAUUCCUCCUCCUACAAAGGAUCAUGUUGAUAAACUGAAGGAAUCGUUUGGUCACUCGAAUUUUAAAACUGAGCAGUGGAGGAUCAUACACUCUAUACUGAAGGAUAGGAGGGACACUUGUGCUGUCAUGGCAACAGGUCAGUCAACUAAUAGUAAUUACAUGUACUGUAUGCAGUAA